AUGGCCGCCGCUGGCGCGAGGGCUCAAAAGCCCGUCGGCUCUGCCGCAUGGAUUGCUGCAGAGAAAGAAAACAUGGCGGAACUAGUCGAGCAAGAGAUGGAGGAGGUUGAAUACCCCGUUCGGCACGAAAUGGACUGGCUGAAUGAGCAUAUGGCCGAGAUCUUCUCCAAAGGUCAAACCAAUUUUACGGAUAUUUUCAAAACACCAGGCAAGAUGAGAGGGAAGACACCUCGCACGGCACGCAAGCGGAAUGUAGAAGAAAGUCGAGUGGUAAUGCUAUCCCGAUGGGUCCCCAGUGCCGUUGCCGAGCUAAUCCAUUGUCGACAGCCACUAAGCGAGAUAUUCACCUCUACUCACAAGCAAAGUGAAAACAGGGCAAGCCCUAGUCCUUUCAUUCAUCGCGUCAUCUCAAGAUCUACAGCGGCGACAACGUCUGCAUCUCCUCGCCCCAAGGAUACAGAGAAGGAGGUGCAGCCCCAUCAUCAAGCCCUCCGCUCAAACUUGAACUCCUUUCAAACCUAUAACACCGACUCGGGCUACCAUGGAAUGGAAGAUUAUGAUGACGUGGUUUUGCCUGAUACACAGCCAAAUACUCAGGAUUCCACACAGCCGAUGGAGGUGGAAGAGCCGACAGUGCUGAGCCCUCAGGUCGAUAUCCCGAUGAGCCAUCAAGUGACUGAAGAUUCCUUUCACUCUGCGCAGGAGAAUGUUCGUUCACGGGGGGAGACUGUGGAGCCUACGAAUGUGGACCCAGCUCCCACGCAGGAACGGACUACAACGCCUCCAAAGACGAUCUUCAAGGAGCCAGAACAAGAGUUGGAAAUGAGCUCAACCCCGACACCCAAGACACAGCCUAAGGCCAAGGAGAGCCUCGGUAAGCAGGGGCAGCAAGAGAAGUCAGCAGAUCCGCAAGAAUCCCACCCCCAGGCCGAGGCCCCAAAGGAGCCACAGGAUGAACCCCUAGACGAGCCGGUACCGCAGGCUCGGUCCUCUCCAGCCAAGACAGUCGCUGCUCCGGUGUCAACAGGGCAGCGCAGCCAGGAACAGGAGGACACAGACCUGGACAUGGAAGAUGAUGCGAAGGAAGACACAGUUCUUGACAGUUUCGAUGACAUUGGGUCUCCGUCCGACAAUUCCACCCCCGAACGCCCAUUUGUCCGAAAGAGCAGUCUCAGUUUUGCCUCGCUUCCAGCCCGGGAACCUCUAACCAAGAGCAUUGGAGCCUCGCGACUUUCCCGUACCAGCCAUAUUGAUCUCCCUAAGUUAACUAAUGCCGGUAGACCCAGUUACCUGGGCAGGCAAACCGGGAGCCACAAAACCACUCAGGUCUCAUUGGAUGACAAUAUUCGUAGCUCUGGCUCCAUGGAUCUUGAUGACGAGAAGAAUGAUGGUGACAGCAUGGAAGCGGAAAAGGCUAGCAAAAUUCACAGCACAAAAUCAACACAGAGUCUCCAUGAAAGAAUCAGCAUGCUCGGAAAGGCUCCGCCAUCACGACCAAAGAAGUCAAUCGCGGCACCGGCUGUGGGGGCUGCAUCUGCUGGUCAGGUCGCUUAUCCAGAACUACCUGCCACAAAAAUUGAGUCUAGGUCCGAGGCUACUGAUCCUAAGGCUCGUGACAUUCCGACUUCGGAUUCCGCAGCAGCUGAUGAGGAUGACUGGAUUCCUCAACGACCAACUCUCGAAAAGAGCAAGACCGCGGACGUUAUGGAGAAUGUUCAAACCGAUAAAAACCAAUCUGCCGGCAAGAAGGACGCAAUUUCCAACAAAGAGAAGCAUUCUGCUGAGCCGGAACGCCCCAAGUCAUCAUACUCGAUCUUUUCUUCACCUCGCCCUCAAGGUCAUCAACAAAGCGCUUCUACGUCGUAUAUGACCCCAGUGGCUUCCACUACUCCCACUGGGUCACCUCGACGGUACGAUGGCCCCAUCAGUGCUUCAAAAAUCCGAUUGCAAUCAAUCAUGAAGAGCGCCAAGGGAUUAUUUACAAGCACCGGCAGUUCGGUCAGAAUUGAACCAUCCUCACCCGAGCAGCCUCGUGCUCAUCCUAAACAGCGAGCGAGUGCGGAAAGGGUUGACGAGGAAGCUGAGCAACAACCACAGCCUCGUCAUUUGGCCAAUUCUCCACGACAGGAGGGUCGUCGAACUCGCAGUUCCACCGAAAAGGAGCAGAAGCAGCGGCAGAAGGAAUUAGAGGAUCGACAAGUUGAAGAAUCUCGCCAAGAGAAAGCCCGGGAACAAGAAAGACAGCGCGCUAUUCAACUGAAAGCCGCUCAAGAUAAAUCAUCUGUCGAACCGGAAGAGCGGACGAACACACAAUCCCACAAGCCCUCGCAGUCAUUACGAACACAGAGCCGCGAGCCUGAAUCGGCUCCGGAAAGCUCAAGGAUUGCCAUGUCUCAAGCCAAACAGAACGAUCGACGCCCUAAACCAACUCGUGAACCCAUGCAAAAGCCCAAGCCGCAACCAGUGUCUGUUCGCGUUGGUAGCACCUUGUCCCGCGCAAUUCCAAUGCCCACGGCUUCUUCCAAUGUUCAAGAAGCGAAUGCCCCGGCACCUGCAUCGAAGCCGACGACUUUGAAAAAGAAGGCCAGUAACAAUUCUCUGCACACCGCUUCUUCCACGAGCAGUUUUAAGAGCUCUGUUUCCAGCCAGACGCAGGCUCAGCGAAAGGCCCAGCUUGCUAGCGAAAGGAAACGGGAGCAAGAGGAAAGAAAGCGAGAACAGGAGGAAAGGAAACGGGAGCAGGAAGAACGUGAGGCUCGUCGGAAAGAGGAACAAAGGCGGGAACAGGAACGCAAGCGGGCUUUGCAGCUCAAGCAGCAGGAAGAAGCUCGCCGACAGGCUGAAAGUCGUGCUGAGGCUGAUCGAGAGCGCCGAGAGCAGUCUGCUCAGGAGGAUUCCCAAAGAGCAGCGAACAAGCAGGCGAUUGAGAAAUGGCGGAUGGAAAAUAUGCGGAGACAAGAGCCCGGUGUUCCCAGGCCUGCUUCGCGUUUGGGCUCUCUUCAGCCCUACGGACGAUCGAUCAAUACCCCUGCUUCUAACCCUGCUAAGCCGCCCAAGAGAGUGAUGGACGAGGAGGCAGGUCACCGGGCAGCCGUUAGCAAGCCCAGCAACGUACAGCCUUCUGGCGAGGCUAAGCGGGUCAAGACAGAUGACGAGCAAGGACAGCCCGUACGGACAAUAGGGCGCCCAGUCCGCCCGCCUAGCACCAUUCGCAAGGAAUAUGAACAGCCUUCAAUCUCAAUGUUUGGCCAGUCUGGCAUGGGGCAUCAGGGAGGAUCAUCAGUCUUGAAAAUUGGUCAGCCUCAAAGACCCGGACCGGGGCACCCGCUGGACAUGUCUUCGUUGGCAAAUGGCAAGAUUCCCUUCGCCGAGCCUAACCGGGCACCUCCACCAUCGGCACACAAGCCUGCUCCUAGCUCUGUCCAUCGAAACCCUGCUCAGCCCAAGCCCUCCCCCAAGUACCCCAGCGGUGACAGUAUACACCUUCCCGAAAUUGCCACUGACAGUGAGGACGAGGAUGACUCAGACUCGGAGAUGUUCCCUGUGCCCAAGUGGGCACAGGCUAAGGAACUGAAUGAUCUCCUUGUUGAGCAGGAUGGAAUGGAAGUCGACUCGAUCUUCGGACCCAUUGCACCCUUCUCUCUGGAAGAAACUUUCAAGGCCGACAAGAAGAUUAAGAAAUACCGCGACAGAACCAGCAGUGCAAACUGGUCUGGACCAGACGGUCUCACGCAGGAGGAGAUUCGCAAAGAUGUGGCUGAUCGACAAAAGCUACGUCGUAAUGGUGGAUGGUCCUUUAACGCUUAG